AUGUCUUGGGCCAUGUCGUCUCUACUCCCCAUCAUCUCAGAGAUCCUGCCCAUGAUUCUGCCUUCCACCACCGAGGUGACCCGCGCAGACCAGCUCACGCCCAUUCUGGACAAUGAGGGGCGUUCCAUCCGAGAUGCCGCCGUCGUCGGUAAGUGUGACAAGAUGUGUGCUUCGGUCCUCCGCAUACCCCCCAAUUCUAGUUCCCCAAUACACCACAACAGCGAGCAAGAUGCCAUCAUCAACGCAGUGUCCGGUACCGGGACGCUCGUCGUCAAGGAAGGCUUCAAGGGCGAAUUGCGACAUCACGAGCUUAAGUCGGGAGACUUUGCAUUCGUGCCGGCCUGGACGGAGCACCAAGUUCGGAACGAUACGGACCAAGAGCUGGUUUGGGUCAUCACUCAGAGCGGCCCCCGUCCAGUGGGAGCCAUCCUCUCUGAAUGGGGUGGUCAGGAGGUCAAGACUAUUGAGUGA